AUGUCUGCCCGUUCUCCUGAUCCUUUCGGCCAAAAAAUGCCCUCCGGGGAGGGGGGUGAAAACCCCGCCUUUUCUAUUUCUUCUUCGUCGGAGGAAGGACCCUACUUCUCCCCCUCGGGCAAGCUCUUAGAACGGCCCAAGAAAAGGGGCAGAAAAGAGGUUUCGUCUUCUGCGAGGAGUGGUUCUCCUUCCUUAUCUGAAGGACGAGAUCCGGAUGACCAGUGGGGACCUAGUACCUUAAGCGAAGUAGAUCUAGCUAACUUAGUUCGUGACAUAGGCCUCCCUACCGAUGUCGAGUUAAUUCUGCCCUCGCGAGAUGAUCGCCCUCUAAACCCUCCUUUAGGCUUUAGUACCUGGUUUUCCGAGCAGUUCUACUUUGGUCUUUCUUUCCCUAUCUCGCCUUGGUUCUCUGAAAUCGCCCAACUAUGUAAUGUAUCCCUCAACCAAUUCCAUCCUCACGCUAUAAUCAUCAUGACCGGAUUUCGCAUGUUGUGCGCCUGGUCGGGGGUGAUUCCUACACCAGCUCGCUUUCGAAGCAUCAUGGUUUUAAAGAAUUCGAGUCCCUUUCAUAUCUCCAUCUCGGCCCGUCCGGGUUUCAAAAUACUGAUGCCACCUAACAAAACCGAUGGGUGGCAAGGUCACUAUUUCUUUGCCAGGAACCCUGUUGACACCCCCUAUUUGUGUCCUUGGCUCGCCACCCUGCCCGAGAAGAAAAGGGGGAAACCUUUGGCGAUUGACGAAUGUUUAUUAAAAAUGAUAACCCACUUUCAACCGAGCUACGGCGUCCCGGAUAGCCUCACUAGCUUUCCGCCGAUGCUUCGCCACUUCUAUUUUCACGACAACGGCACGUACUCCCUAACCCGGGAAGAUUUAGGUGGGUUUGGUUGCGAUACAUAUUUAAGGAUGAAGAUGAUGUUCCGAGGCGACAAACCGGCUACUCGUCCCUCCGAGCCGGAGCCUGGAUUCGACGCAUUCGAGUUCCAGCGCCCUCUGGUCGCUGAACCUGAAAAGCACUCCUCGGAGGAGGGAUCUUUAAGACCCAGGCCUCCCAAGAAAAACGCCGCACCUCCUCGCGCCCGAGGUGGACCACGGACUGAGGAUUCUGAGCCUCCCCGGCGGUCUUCCGCCAUAGUUCUGGCCUCGUCGCCACCUCCUCCUCCAACCGAAGAAACGGUGGAAAAAGAAACUGCUCCGAAGAAGCGGAGAACUGACCUGGCCCUUGGGGCGGCUGGAUCGUCUUUGCCUGCCGGUUUUGGGCUUCAUCUUUGCCAAAACGCGGAGAAUGCCAUUGCCGCAUGUCGGUCUUUGGCCUUUCCCACCGACAUUGCCCAUUUCGGGCAGAUGAGUAAAGGCGACCGUCUCGAGCUACUUCUUCACAACAUUACGCAGCAAUUCGCCAUCGCUUUCUCGGGUCCUUUGGGAUGGGAUGAUGUCUCGCGUGAGGCAUACGAUAACCAAAAGAAGGAGGUGACUCAACUUCGAAAGGAAGUUCGAGGCCUGAAGGAGAGUUUGGCGAUGUCGGAAUCGUCGAAGGAAGGGCUGUUCUCCGAGGUGAAGAGGCUGCAGGAGAGGGAGAAGAUCUUACAGGCGGAGAAAGACUCCCUGGGUUCUCACGUCGCCAGCCUAGAAGAAAAAGCCAAAGGACUUUCCAACGAGCUGUAUGCAGCCGGGGUACAGGCCUCUACUAAUUUUGCCGAGGGGGUGAAAGAAGGACAGAGAUUGUUCCCGGGGUCGCCCGAGGGUCUCCGUUUUAUCGAGGAGUUCGUUCGUCGUUUCUUUCACCGGUUAUGGCGUUCGACUACUUUCACCCGAGAAGCUUCGGGGUUGGCUCGUUUCUUCUUCUCCUCGGCGGUUGCAGCCGUUCGAAAGAGGUUAUGUGGUGCCAGCAUCGAGUUCCCGUUGGUGGAAAGUGAACUGGCCGAAGACCUUCCCGAUGACGUGAUCCCGGGUUUUGAGGGGGACGUUAAUGAGGACCCUAACUUGGAAUGGUGGAGGCCGGUUUACCAGGGCCUCGUUGAAGAGUUUACCCGUCAAGGAGCCAUUACGGACUUUGUCGGGGACAUUGGGGCCCUUGGAACGGUGGUUAGUUCCGAAGAGGCACAGCCAAGCCUCGUUCCGCCGCCCCCUCCGGAUGCUGAGAAUCGAAGUGAAGCGGGUGCAGCAGUUCCGAAGUGA